AUGGCCGGAUGUGAAGAGGGGGCAAACACCGGCCCCGACGCCAGUCACAGCGCAGAGGGUGGUGGCGGCGCCGCGGCGGAGGAGGUGCUGUCCGUGCUGCUCUGCAUGCAGUGCCGCGCUCCUAUCUGCCGCUACGAAGACAUUUUUUCGAACCGGGCUACCGACGUGUGGGCGGCGCAGGUGUACGCGUACGAGCUGGACCUCUUCGACGACAAGCCGCCGCUGUGGUGCUGCUCCGCCACCAACCCGUCUGCCCGCCGCUUUGACUUGGUGCGAAACGGUAUGGGGGAGUACGCGGCGUGGUGUGACUCUGCGUGGCAGGGGCACUCAACCCCCGUUUGGUGCCGCUGCAGCAGCUCCGACUCCGCUGAAGCGGGGAGCGGACGGCAGCGGCAAUGA